CUCUACUACAGUAAAACAACAAUCAACUACAAAAUAAUCAAAAUGUUCAAAUACUUCGCUCUCGUAUUCGUGGCCCUCUUCGCCUUCGCUGCUGCCGAGCCUAAACCCGCAGUCGUCGCACCAUUGGCCUACUCUGCUCCAUUGGUUGCUUCGCCCUACGCCGCCGCCUACGCUUCUCCGUAUGCUGCCUAUGCUGCUGCUCCUUAUGCCGCCUACGCAUCACCUUACGCUGCUUACUCUGCUUACCCAUACAGCGCUGCUUAUUUGCUUCGCAAAUAA